UUAGGUACCUACCGACACUACAGCUGUGACUAAGAGAGAAAAAAACCCUUUUGGGUAUACAAGUGUAAAGUUUUAACCAAACCCAUUCUUGAUUUCCCCUUUUUUCGUUUGGUGUCAUCCAUUUACCUUUCUCAGCUCCUUUCAAGAUUCCUCGUCUUCUAAUUCCAGGUUUUCAAUUCUGGACAGGUGAAUCAAUGGAUGCUUUGCGUUCAGCAGAUAUGAAUUCUGACCCUGGUGAUUUUGAAUGCAAUAUCUGCUUUGAGUUAGCUCAAGAUCCUAUAGUCACUCUUUGUGGCCACCUUUAUUGUUGGCCAUGUCUUUACGAAUGGUUGCAAGUUCAUUCACAUUCCCACGAGUGCCCAGUAUGUAAGGCUCUCGUAGAAGAGCACAAGUUGGUUCCGAUAUAUGGACGAGGCAAAUCAAGUUCUGACCCAAGAUCUCGGUUAGUACCUGGGAUCAAUAUACCUAAGCGUCCAAUGGGACAGAGACCUCAAACCGCUCCAUCUGUAGAUAUGGACUAUCUCCGACAUGAUGAAUUGGAUCCCAUAGGGGGGUUCAUGCCCAUGCCCAUGCCCAUGCCCAUGCCAAGUGCAAGGUUUGGAAACUCGAUGUUAUCUGAUCUUUUUGGAGCUAUUCCAGCUUUUUUUAACCUUCAUGUACAUGGAUUUCAUGAUGCCACUGUUUAUGGGGCGACUACAGGAGUCCCUUACCUCUUUUCCGGUUCAUUUCACGGGGGUUAUGCUCAUGGUUUCCAUUACUCUAACCACCUAGACGGAACAAAAUUCUUUAUGAAGAUGCUUUUCUUGAUCAUCGGUUUCCUCUUAAUCAUUUCCCUAAUUUCAUAAGGCCUGAAGUGUUAUAGAUUAACGAUGUGUAAUCGUUAAUCAUACAAGUGUAUGUAUCCUAGUGUGCUAGACCUACAUAUGUGUAGUAAACCAGGUGCAACUCUCCAGCACAUUUUUAUUAGUUAGAAUUAGGUAUGUACUUAGCACCAGAAUCUGCACCAAGUUUUUCUCUUAAUAAAAAGCUGGUGGAGCUUCUUCUUCUUCAAAUUGUUCUGUAACUAUUUAACAAGAGGGUGAUGUUUGGGACUGAUAUUUGAGUGAAUUCUUGAUUCAUAUCCAUGGUAGUUUCUCUUC